AUGGAGGCUGGCGCCCGCGUCUGGGUCAAGGACGACGACGAGAUAUGGGUCCCGGGCAUCGUAUACGAGUGCCAUGACCUGCACCGCGUCCGCGUCCGGCGCGAAGGCGGUCGCGGCGACGUUGACAUCGACCUGCGCCAUGGCGCCGAGGCCGAGCCAAGCUUGCAGCUGCGCAACGACCUCGACGACUUUACGAGCGUGCCCAACUUGAUCCAGCUGCAGUAUCUGCACGAACCGGAGCUGCUCUUUGCAGUCGCGAACCGGUUUGAGCACGACCUCAUCUACACGUACAUUGGCGACAUCCUGCUCGCGUUCAACCCGUUCCGGCCCAUCAACAUGUACUCGACGUCGCACGUCCGCGCGUACGAGGCCAUGGACAGCGACGCGCCGCCGCACGUGUUUGCGAUCGCGUCCAUGGCGUACCGCUGCAUGCGCGACGAGAAGAAGAACCAGUCGAUCCUCGUCUCGGGCGAGUCGGGCGCUGGCAAGACAGAGAACACCAAGUUUCUCAUGCAGUACCUCGCGACGGUCGGCGCAUCCUCGACGUCCAGUCCGGCCAAGACGCCGGCCAAGCGACCGAGUCGGCUCAAGACGACGACCGCACCCGUGACAGUGACGACGACCACGGACAUUCAGACGCAGAUUCUGCAGACCAACCCGAUCCUCGAAGCGUUUGGGAACGCCAAGACGGUCCGCAACGACAACAGCAGUCGGUUCGGCAAGUUUAUCGCGCUGCAGUUUGGCGCCGAUGCCAAGAUGGUCGGCGCCAAGAUCUCGGUGUACCUCCUCGAGAAGAUCCGGCUCAGCCACCAGUCGCUCGGCGAGCGCAACUUUCACAUCUUUUACGAGCUCUGCGCUGGCGCCGACGACGAUCUCGCCGACGCGCUGGAGCUGGGUGGCAUGGAAGACUAUGCGAUUCUGAGCCAGAGCGAGUGCUACGAGCGGCGGUCGGUCGACGACGCGGCGCAGUUCAACCUGACGACGCAAGCCUUUCGGGACAUGGGCGUCCCGGACGACGAGACGACGACGAUUCUGAGCGUCCUCGACGCAUUCCUCCAGAAGAACCAAGACGCGCUGCCGGCCGAAGCCGUCGCACUCUGCCAAGGCUCGUCGGCGUCGAUCGUGCAGGCGCUCUUGGGCGCGCCCAAGCGCAAGCAAGGCGGAGGAUCGACGACCAAGGGUGCUCUCUCGCGGGCACCGAGUAGUCUGCGCGCCGCCAGUGUGAGCGCCCAGUUCAAGUCCCAGCUCGACGACCUCAUUCGCGUCAUUGGGAACACGCAAGCGCGCUAUAUUCGGUGCGUGAAAUCCAACGACGCCGGCGCGCCCCGCUGCCUCCACAAGCCCCGCGUCGUGCAGCAACUCCGGUCGGGCGGCGUCCUCGAAGCCGUCCGCAUCGCGCGCGCCGGAUACGCGGUGCGUGAAGACCACAGUCACUUUGUCCAAGCGUUUGGGUUCCUUGUGCCUAAACCCAAGAAACCAAAAUCGGUGCCGAGUGGGCACCGAGGCGACGGCAUGAAGCAGCGCACCGAGCUCGUCGUCGCCGCAGUGCUCCUCGCACUUGACGCUCCGGACGCGGCGCUCGCAAGGACCAUCCUCAGCAACGGCAAGUACUCGCGCACGGAGCUGCAAGACGCGUGCGGUCGCGCGGGCUUCCAGCUCGGGUACUCGAAGAUUUUCUUCCGAAAAGAGGUGUACAACCAACUGCGCUGGCUGCGUCGGCAGACGUUGACGGCGUGCACACUCACGCUCCAGCGACUGUACCGUGGCCACGUCGCGCGCGUCGACGCCAAGGCCCGCCGCGAGGCCGUGCAACUGCUGCAGACGUGGGCGAGAGCGGCGCUGACGGUGCGGCGUCAGCGCAAGGCGAGUGCCACAAUGAUCCAAUCGGCCUACCGCCGACAUGUCGCAUUGACGCGCUAUCGCCGCCUGCGCCGCGGUGUGGAUGCGUGCCAGCGCUUGUGGCGGUCGCGUCGCGUGUGGCAGGCGGCCCGCGAGGCCCGCGAUGCGCGCCGUCGCGCCGAAGAAGCCACGGUCGCCGGCCAACUGCGCAAGCAGCAGGAAGAGCUGGCUCGCGCGCGGGACGCGAUCGAAGCCGCGGCGGCUGCCGAACGCGCAGCGCUCGCCGCCGAGCGGCAACGACAAAGGGACGAAGAGGCAGCGACUCGGGCAGCGUGGGCGGCCGAGCGCGCGGCGGCCGAAGCAGCCCACCGCGAAGCGUUCGAACGCGAGUGCCAAGCGAUGCGGGACGAGCUCCAGCGGCAAAAGGACCAAGCCGCGCGCCACAUCGACGACGACGUCGACCACCCACACCGUCGGGUCGAGACACCUGGCGGCCGACUGCACGUGUCAACGUCGAGCCAGCACGCCCGUCGCCUGCAGGAAGACGAGCACGAACGACGUGCGACGGCGCGCGAAGCGAUCGUCGUGGAAGCCGCGCGCGUCGCGAGCCCUCGGCACGGCCAGAGCUCGGUGACAUGCGCGUUGGACGCUGGCGACAUGGCCCACGUCCUCGGUGCCCUGGGCAUUCAAGCGCCGAGCAACGCGACGGGCGAGAACGGCGAUCUCGUUGACAACUAUGCGCAGUGCCUUCAGGCGCUCUCGGUCGUCGUCGAGCAGCCCAUGGUGAUCAAGGCGCUGACGCAGAUCUUGCAGGCUGUGUCCCACCCAGAUGCGACGCCGUCCGCGGCGCCGCCAGUGCCCGAGCCGCCGCGCAAGCCCGCAGUGGUCGAGGCCGACCUGGUCGCGCCACCACCGCCACCCGAGCCGCACCUCCCGCCGGCGCUCGAGCCGUUGCACCCGGUCAUUGACACGGUCAAAGAGGUGUACGACUACAGCAUGAGCUACUCCGUCGUUCGGUUCCUCGUGACCAAGAUCCAGGACAAGGCCACGUCGCGUCUCUCGACGAUUCUGACGAAUCCGACGGUGCAGACCGCCCUCCUCACCGCGCACUCGCUCACGGCCACUGCGUGGCACGCCGCCUGCGAAUACUACCCGCUCGCGACGCAGGUCUCCAACGACGUCGAGCGGCUCCGGGCAGCGGUGCUCUCCCGCGCGUGCGUGCCGCUGCCGGCCACGUCCAUGCCGCUCGAAGAGAUGCUCGUCAACAGCGCCGAAGUCCGGCAGUCGCUCAUUGAGCUCGCGCUGGAGCAAGAGGCGAAGAUCAAGGAGCUCGAGGCCGCGGUCGCCGAGAACGCGUCGUUCUUCAACCAAAUGGCGUCGGCGAUGGCGCAUGGCCCCCAAGGUAGACCUCCAUUAGCCAUCGCAAGUGACGACGACGUCUUCUAG